AGUAGUAUGCUUACCAGCAAAAUUUCCGGUAGUUUCUUCUCGAGAUUGAAAAUCAAUUCACACUCAACAACCUUCAAAACUGCUCAAAAUCCUCUCCUUCACUUCCUUCUUCUCUCCUCACAAAACCAUUGAUUGAUAUUCGCAAAUUCUCAUACUCCAUUCUCUCUCUCAAAUGGAUUCCGGUGUUUAUCUCUUUUUCGCCUUAUUCUCGCUCAUCUGCGCGGCGGCGGCGGCCCAGGGCGGCGGCGGAGUGGCGGCGAGGGAGCUCUGGUGCGUGGCGAAGAACAAUGCCGAGGACGCCGCGCUGCAAUCGGCGCUGGAUUGGACGUGCGGGCCGGGCGGCGCCGAUUGCGGGCCUAUUCAGAACGGCGGGCCCUGCUACGACGCCGCCGACCUCCAGAAAACGGCGUCGUUUGCUUUUAAUGAUUACUUCCUCAAGCACGGCCCGUCGGAGGAGACCUGCAAUUUCGCCAACACUGCUGCAAUCACCGAUUUGAACCCUAGCCAUGGUAGCUGCAAAUUUCCAUCCAGCUUAGCUGCGGGCAAAGGUAACUUUAGUGGGGCGGCUGCUGCAAAUUCAGGUGGUGUGGAUCCGAGUAGCGCUAGUUCAGUCGCUCGCUUGAGAUCACUCAUGAAUUUUAUGUUGUUUGCAAUUCCACUUGUAGUAUGAUGAUUUGAGGCCACAUUUUUUGAUGCAACGGCAAAAGCAAAAUGCGUUUGUUGGGGCGAUGUAAUGAUGAAAGCAACUGAUGAUUAUUGGUUCGAUGAGUUAAAGGUUGAAGCUUGGUAAAUGCUAAGCUCGUUUCUCUGCUCGGAUCUGUUGUUGUUGUGAAAUAUCGAGCUUUUUCUUGCUGCGUUUGAUCAUAUUGGUGAAGUUGUGAUUCUGUGGUGAUUUUGUCUCUGUUUCUUAGUUGACUGUGUAAAGAUGUUGGUGUGUUGGACGCGAUCUUGAAGUAACGAACGUGGUAGAUUCGAAUCCCUUGCAUUUUAAGAAUGUCGAAAACUGCUGCUUGUAUUCAGCUUCUGAUGAGACGAGACUAUUCUCGUUGAAAGCAUCAAAAUUCUCAAUCCCAACCAUUUUUUUCAAAAUUCCCACUAAUUAACAAUCCUUAUAAAAUCCCCACACUCACUCAUUUUCCUCAUCAUAAUCACAAAUCAUCUUCAAUGGAGGCAAAGAACAUCUCUGUCUUGGAGCAAGACACAAUCAAGGAGAACAUCCCACCGUUUUCGACGUCUAAAAAGCCCGGCCCGAGUGAGGAAAAGGGCAAACCCGCCUUGGCGAAGAGGAAAUGGAGGAGAAAGCCUUUGAGGGAUGUGAAUAAUUUUUACAGAGAAGCCGAAUUUAGGGGAUUGAAUUUUACAAUGGCUUCCCCUGUUUUAGCCUCUGUUUUUUCGAGUAGUCGAAAACGGAAGCUUGGUGAUGAUGGUGAAGUGCAAAGGCCUUCUUGCUCCAAGAUUUUGAGAAGAGAGUUUAGAUAGAUAAAAUUGAGAGAGAAUUAGAUUAAUGUGAUGUGAAUUCUUGUUUUUUUUAUUAAUAAAGUAGAAUUUGUGAUCAAUAGAACGAAGAUGAGAUUCAAGAAUAGGAAGAUGAAAUCAGGUUUAACUUUUCUUAGAAAUUAGAAUGUUUUAAAUCAAGCAAUUGUACAAAAAGAAAUUAUUAUUUUCA